AAGGGUGGCCAGGGAAGCAGUAGGAAAGAAACCUCAGAGAGCUGAGAGAGAGGGGAUGGAGUGGGGGAGCUAACCGCAGACAACGCGAUCAAAGCCAUGGAAGAAUGAGGCAGGGGCUUUGCUGUUUUGACGCCUAGGUUUCUGGAUCUCAGACGCGCAGGCAAGAAGUUAGACCCGAGACUGCGAGUGUAGACAACCCUUCUGGCCAGGGAUUGAUAAGUGGGAGUCCUGACCCGGUGGUCAGGGGCGGUAAUAAGAUUUCCAGGGGCCAGGACAAGGAUGAGGAGGAGGCCUCUGGCCAGCACCGGGAGAAUCCUGCCCAUUGUCCGGCCUGUCUCAGGCCGGAGCACCCCCGGGGUCCGAGGAGGGAACGAGGAGAGGGGGAGCGGGGGCAAGGGGCCGGGCAGGGGCGGGGCGGGGGCGGGGCGGCGGGGGAUGCGCCCCUGCUCCCAAAUCGUCUCGCCUUUUCUCCUUCCGCACAGUCUGCGUUUCCGCUUCCCUCCUGGGCGCGGGUGAGAGAAAGUGAUGUCGAGCCUCGGUCCUGCCGCCGCCGCCAUGUGGCCCCCAGAGCCCGACCCCGACCCGGACCCGGACCCGGACCCGGAGCCCGCCGGCGGCUCCCGGCCGGGCCCGGCAGUCCCCGGACUCCGCGCCCUGCUGCCGGCGCGCGCCUUCCUCUGCUCGCUCAAAGGCCGCCUCCUGCUGGCGGAGUCGAUUCUGUCCUUCAUCACCUUUAUCUGCUAUGUGGCAUCCUCAGCAUCCGCCUUCCUUACGGCACCUCUCCUGGAGUUCCUGCUGGCCCUGUACUUCCUCUUUGCUGAUGCCAUGCAGCUGAACGACAAGUGGCAGGGCCUGUGCUGGCCCAUGAUGGACUUCCUGCGCUGUGUCACUGCUGCCCUUAUCUACUUCGCCAUCUCCAUCACCGCAGUCGCCAAAUAUUCAGAUGGGGCUUCCAAAGCAGCUGGAGUGUUUGGCUUCUUUGCCACCAUCGUGUUUGCAAUUAACUUUUACCUGAUCUUUAAUGAUGUAGCCAAAUUCCUCAAACAAGGGGACUCUGCAGACGAGACCACAGCGCACAAGGCAGAAGAAAGUUCAGACUCAGACUCGGAUUGAAGCCUGACCGCAGCCUGGCAACCCAAGCCACAUGGCGCCUCCACCCUGCAACUUCCUCACAGGGCUGGCUGGGAACACAGUGUUUUUGGAACGGAGGCUGUGGCUUCUGGAGCAGCCAAGAGCUGCUGAUUCAGGGGACCUGCCUGCAGCCUCAAGGUUACACCUGAGCCCAUUGUACUGACUGACCCUUGGCUUAGCACUGGUAACCACUCUGCACCUGCGGGCACCUUGAGUAUUCCACCCCUUCUCCCCUUUUCUGUCCCCUAGACCUUAAGCCCUUUGACCUCUGCCAAAAACAAGCACAAGGAGACAAAGCUGACAGGGCCUUAUUAGCACCUGCUACAGUGAGCAGUUCAUGCUGCAAAGUCGGGGUGUGGGGGGCAUCUGUGUUUCCCUAACAGGAACAAAUACAGAUAGAAACCACCACAGGGCUGCCCCACCAGGCCCCUGUGGUCUUUGUCUGCACAUGGUGCUCCUGCAGCCACUUUGUCAAUAAGGACCCUUCCACGAAGCCUUUGUUUUAAGGAGCACCAGUUCCCUCUUCAUUCUUGAAGCAAGGAGAAAACUGACCUUUGCCUUAUCUAGGAGAGUGGGUCUCAGCACCCACAACUGACACCUCACACCCUUGGAAACCAUGUCUUCUUCGAUUCAGAUGACCAUUCUGGGUCUAGCUUCCCCAUUCCAAAAGACAGAGGGUCCCACAGAAUGACGAACAGUGACAGCAUUACAGGUAGCUGGGCGGGCCCAGCCAAACCCUCUCUCUUCCUGAGGGCCGGCCACCAGGUAAGAGUGUCCCGGGACCCCUCAGGAUGAUGCACUUCUAGAAACCAGAGCAGGUCUCCUGGCCCCCUCAUGAGACAACCCUUCUGUGUUCACCCAAGGACUUACACUGUGUAUCUGAGUUUUUGUAGCUUUUUGUACUUUUUUUAUACUAAAGCAGCUUCUUAACAAAUGGCAUUUUUUGUGACCCUAGCCCUCUUGAAUGAGCCAGAGUUCUGGACCCAUGUUUUGGGCAUUUGUAACCUUGUUCUCUUGCAUAUGAAUCUCCUACCCUUAAAAAAGCCAUAACAGAUUAAACCAGAAUGAUGUGUGUGUGUUUCAAAAAAUCUUCCAUACUGUCAAGGAUCCUGUUAUGCUGCAACACAAACUGGUAAGUGACAACGUGACACAGACAGGGCAUGCGCGCUUCUCCCUGUUGGGCACUGGGGUGAGUGUCUGACCAGCAUUUGAUCCUCUUAUCUGCCUGCUCCUUACACAAUCCUGUUUUACAGGCAAGGAAACUGAAAGAAAGGUUAGACAGGUAGCCCAGGGCCCUCUCACUUAGAGGAUAAUGUCUGUCCCACAGCAGCCUUAGGAAGCCAGAACCUGAGGCUCUUAGGGUUUAGGAAACUGGCUGCAUGAGGGACCUCAGCGCUGCAGCCUGGCGGGGGAGAGGGGGGAGACCCUGGGUCAGCAUUCAUGU